AUGGAUUAGUUUCUCAGUGUAAGACAUAGCGCUAAGUCAUUUCAAUUCAGAUCAUCUCCUUGUUCAAAACAAUCUUUUUAAAGUGAAGACGACAGAGAUACAGCACUUUCGUUUGACAUCACUCCAAAACCCAAGCCAAAACCUUUGUAGGGAUUGAGUCCUAUGUCUUCUGCAUUUGAUAAUGAGGAUAGUGAUAAAGGCAGUUAAAGAGGAGAGGCAAUCUCAAAACCAUCUAUUCCUAAACUUUCACGCUUCAGCACUCAGAGAGUAAUAACGAUGAAUGAGGGGGAUAAGGAUGAAGAACCAGAAGUGAUAGAAAAAGAAGUUAAAUAAGCUUCAAAUAUCUAAUCAUAAAUGCAUGAUGAACAAACGAAAACCAUGGAAGAACAACUCAAAAAAAUGGAAGAGAAAACAAAUAUAAACCCUAAGCUUAAAUAAUUGAAAUCUAAACCUCUGUCCAUGAGAAAUUUUUAAAAAAGUUGGAGAGUCCAAAGAAGAUAAGUUAUUGGAACACCCCUUUCGACAUUUGAUAUUCAGUCCAAAAAUAGACGAGUUGGGCUAAUUUAUUCUAGGAAAUGUUUAAAAGGGCCUUCAGAGCAGUUCAUUGAAAAGAAAAAAGUAAUUUUAAGUAAAAUCAACCCCAAUAAAAUUAAUACAAUAUUCCUUGAUCUUGACGAAACGUUGGUUCAUGCUUGUCAUUCAAGAGAGACACAUACCGUUAAGUUGUAACAAUAAAAUGAAGAUGGAUCUGAAAUAGGGGUUGGAAUCAAUAUAAGACCAUACACAACCUACUUUUUGUAAGAGCUGGCUCAAUAUUAUACAAUCUACAUUUAUACUGCUUCAUCUCAACCAUAUGCCCAAACAAUCGUAAAUUAUCUUGAUCCUCAUAAACAAUACAUCAGUGGCAUCUUAUCUAGGUCUAAUUGCAUGGAAACGAAAAAUGGAUUUUUCAUAAAAGACUUAAGAAUCAUUUAGGAUAUAGAUUUAAAUAGAACUCUUAUAAUAGACAACCUUGUUCAUUCUUUCGGCUUAUAGGUUGAAAAUGGAAUCCCAAUCUUAGAGUGGCAUGACAAUUAGGAAGAUCUAGAACUCAAAUACCUGUUAGAAUAUUUAAUAGAAGCCUCCGAAUAGCCAAAUUUAAAGGAGUUCAACUUAACUCAUUUGUAAUUAGACAAUUUAAUCAAUUAUGCCAUCAAGUAAUGAAUUUUAUAUCUUCCAUAAUAAACCUUCUAACUCAUAAUAUAUAUAUUUAUGAA